AUGGCAAAAAGACAAUUAGGCCUUGGUAAAAAGUCCAAGACGAACAAGAAGCAAAAAGUUGAAGAUGAAGAAACUUCAGCCGCAUCAACGAACGAAUUAACUGUGGAACUUGACCAUGAAGUUGAUCCCAAUGAUGAAUUCUCUCAAUUGCAUGGAUUAUGGGAUACAUAUUUAGGAGGAGAAAGAGAUAACGAAUUGAUCUUGAACGGUAUUGUCAAUGAAUGUGACAGAUUGUUGAGAAACUCAACUACUGACAAAAUUACAGACAAAUUCUAUGCAAUUUACGGGGUAGCUUUGAGCGAAUUGGCUAAGUUUAAGACGGAGGAAGCGAAAGACGUAACUGCUUUCUUUAAUGAACUGAUUGACAGGUUAGAUACUGGGUUAAAAAAGUUUCCACAUUCACCUGAACUUUUAUUUGCAAAGAGUAAAGUCUUGAUUAAUCAAGUUCCAUUGCAAUACAUAUCACAAUUAGACUUAAACAGUAAGCAUAAAGAUAUCAACGUCAAGGAAUUGUUAGAUAGAGUUUUACAAACAUAUAAUGGUGCUGAAUCUAAAGCUAUUGAGCAGAAAAGGUUUCACUUGUUUAAUUCUGAAUCUUUUGAGAUUCUUCAAGCUUUGGACGACACGCUUGAAAUCAUUGAUAACUUUGGAAAGGAUCAUAUUGAAGCUGAUGAUGACCGGGAAGAUGAGGGUUUAGGAAAGAAUUCUGAUGAUGAUAAUGAUGAAAAUGGCAAUGAAAUAAAGUUAGAUGAAGACCAUUCGUUGUACCAGAUCCGUGAGUCUGAUGAAUACAACUUGUGGUGGAGAGAGAAAACUAUUGUUUUUCUUAAUCAAGUCAAGAAAGAUAAAGCUGUUGAUAAGGCUCUUGUGUUGGAGUUGAACAAACUCUUGGGACAGUCAUAUCUAAAGGAGAGUGAAGGAAUCACCAGUAUAUAUACAACAUUGAUGUACGAUGAUGACUUUGAAGGGGAAGAACUCGAGGGUUUUACCAAGCAUGAGCUGCAGAAAAUUGCUCAGGAAUUAAUUGGUAAGGCACUCAAAUAUUUGGAAGCUGCUGAAGAUGAUGACGACCCAGAAAGUUGGGUUUUGGUUUCAGAAGCAAUGAUAUCGUUGGCUAAUUGCUACGAGUUGGAAAGCGAGGACCAGGAAUCGUUAUACAAGAAAGCAGAGAAACGUUUAGAGAGAGCUAAUAAGGCUACUCAAGGUAGAUAUCAAGAAGAAUUGGACAAUUUACUUCAAAAUUAG